AGAAAGAGGAGCUCGGACAAGGCAGAGCGCCAUCGUUCGGUUUCCUUGCUGAAUUCCCGAUCGCUCGCUCGCUCGAAAAGAAAGAAGCUAGCUUUUAGCAUGGCGUCUCUGGCGUUCGGCAGCACCGUAGCGGCGGCCGUGGCGGCGACCUCGGGGAGGACGCGGCCGGCGCGCCGGUCCGUGCUGGUCGUGCCGCCCGCUGCCAGCAGGGGCGGCCCGGCGCCGGCCAAGGAGGAGAAGGGCCUCGGCGAGACCAUCUUCGGCUUCAUCUUCAAGAAGGACCAACUGGUGGAGACGGACCCGCUCCUCAACAAGGUCGGCGCCGCGCCGGCCGCCGCCUCCCGCGCCAAGACGACCGCCGGCAAGAAGGCUGCCGGCGGCGACGACAGCGGCAGCGGCGGGGGGUUCAACCUCGGCGGCCUCGGCGGGCUCUUCGCCAAGAAAAGCAGCUGAACGUGCCAAGUGUGGCGUGGUUUAUGGAUUGUCGAACUCAAAGCUGGAUUUGGCUUUUGAGGGGGAAAUGGUUGCGCAUAUAUAUUUGUGGACGUGUGGUGGUGUGACCAGUGAUCUUUGAUGUCAUAAUGUGAUAUACUCUACUUCCAGCUGCACCUGUGAUUUUUUUUCAG